AUCGCCUUCCUCGCCGCCGUGCAGCCCACUCCUUCCUCGCAGGGAGAGCUGACUUGAUGCGCAUAAUAAAUCAUCUCUGCAAGAUUUUCCCCUCUGGUUUUUUUUCUUCCUUUUGGAGCCCAAAUUCCAGACCUACACGUGUUGGAUUUGGAGGAAAAAAAGCACAAAACACGGGCGACAGUCGAGCCUCGUAACUGAGGGGAUGUUGCAAAUGUGAUUCAGCACCAGCAAACAACGUGGGUGUUGUGUGUGCGUGUGUGUGUCUGUGCGUGCGUGCGUGCGUGCGUGCGUGUGUGUGUGUGUAUGUUUUUCUCUUUUUUUGCGGGGAGUGGAGGAGAAGGAGGAGAGCAGCGAUAUGAAACGCGUGUGUUUGUGCCUCCUGCUGUUAUCUGUGACUGACCACCGGCUCAAUUUCACCUGUAUGAACGACCUUGCAAUUGUGACCGAAAUUUUCCUAACGAGGUUUCCAUGGAGGAUCAGUCUGUCGUUUUUUCCUUGAGGGCUGAAUUUGGUUCCUAUUGGUCUCAAGAUAUUUCCGGAUAAGAGGUCAAGCUCCUCUUUCCCAGUGAACACAAGUGCCAUUUCGAAGCUUAUUGGAUGAAAGUCUCAUUUACCCUUGGCUGCCAAAGAUGACGUUGCCAUGGAAACAGCUUCUACUGUUAUCAAUCAUCGACUGUCUGACAGAUUGUCUGGACAGUGGAUCAUACCAUGGUCCUCGAUGGAGGAUGGAGCCAGGCGACUUGUUCAUUCCUGUCGACUCCAUAGAAGAAGAGGCGACUCUGACUUGUGAUGCGAAGGGAACACCACCUCCUCAGUACAGAUGGUCAUUGAAUGGGACUCUCAUAAAUCUGGGCCUGGAUCGUCGGCGGCGUCUGUCUGGGGGCAACCUCAUUAUAAGCAGUCUGGACCGCUACCAGGAUGUAGGGAUAUACCAGUGUAUGGCCUACAACACUGGAGGAGCUAUCCUGAGCAGGAGAGCGAGUCUGCAGUUUGCCUACUUAGAUCACUUCAAAGUUCACACCAGAAGCGCCGUGUCAGUCCGAGAAGGACAAGGAGUGGUGCUGCUCUGUGGAACGCCCACUUCCUCAGGAGACCUCACUUAUGCGUGGGUCUUCAACGAGUACCCGUACUUUGUGCAGCAAGACAAUCGGCGUUUCGUCUCCCAGCAGACGGGAAACCUUUACAUUGCCAAGGUGGAGCCCUCAGAUGUGGGUAACUACACUUGUGCGGUGAUGAACAGCAUCACGAAGGGCAAGGUUCAGAGCUCACCUACAUCUCUGAUCCUCAGGACAGAUGGAGUGAUGGGUGAAUAUGAGCCGAAAAUAGAAGUUAAUUUCCCAGACAAUGUACCCGCUGCAAAAGGAUCAACAGUUACGCUGGAGUGUUUCGCCCUUGGGAACCCCGUCCCAGAAAUCACCUGGAGGAGGGCGAACGGCGUUCCCUUCCCCAGCAAAGUCAAGAUGAAGUACUCAAACGCCGUGCUGGAGAUCCCCAGCUUCCAGCAGGACGACACCGGCGGAUAUGAAUGUGUCGCUGAGAACAAGAUGGGGAAGAACACAGCCACCGGUCGACUGGCUUUUUACGCCAAACCUCAGUGGAUCCAGACCAUGAAGGACACGGCCCUGGCCAUAGAGGAGAGGCUUGACUGGGAGUGCCGAGCCAAUGGCAGGCCCAAACCCUCCUACACGUGGCUGAAGAACGGCCAACAGCUCCUCUCAGAGGACAGGAUCCAUGUGGAGGACGGAGUCCUGUCAGUGUCGGUGCUGACGCUAGCUGAUGCUGGCAUGUACCAGUGUGUGGCUGAGAAUAAACACGGCGUCAUAUAUUUUGCUGCUGAACUAAUGGUUUUAGCCUCUCCUCCAGACUUCACAGGGAACGUCCUCCGAGCUUUGCUCAAAGCCAAGGCAGGAACUACAGUGACUUUAGAAUGUAAACCCCAGGCCUAUCCCAUCGCAAGCAUCUUGUGGAAGAAAGGAAACCUGCCCAUCCACACCAAUGACAGGAUCACGCUCUCCCCAGAUGGAACGCUGAGGCUUGCCAACGUGAGCAAGUCUGAUGCGGGCAGCUAUACAUGCUUCGCUAGGAAUAGAUUUGGCAUGUCAAGUACAACUGGAAGGCUCCUUGUUACCGAUCCAACCAGAAUCAUCCAGGGGCCGGUGGACAUGGAGAUCAUUGUGGGCGAGAGCAUUGUGCUGCCCUGCCAGGUCGCCAGUGACCCCGUCCUUGAUGUUUCGUUCUCCUGGGCCUUCAAUGGGCAGCUCAUUGCCAAAGGAGACGGUCACUUUGAGCUAGUGGGCGGGAGAACAGCAGGAGAUCUGAUGAUCAGGAACAUUCAGCUUUACCACGCUGGCAAAUAUAUCUGCGUGGUGGACACGGAUGUGGAGAGUCUGUCAGCCGUGGCUGUAUUGAUUGUGAAAGGCCCCCCCAGCCCCCCAGACUCGGUGACGGUGGAGGAGGUGACAGACAGCACAGCUCAGCUGGCGUGGAGCCCCGGCAGAGACAACGGCAGCCCCAUCACCAAUUACCUCAUCCAGACCAGAACUCCCUUCACCGUGGGCUGGCAGAGGGUUAACACAGUCCCCGAGAUAAUCGAUGGAAACACUCUGACAGCCACGGUGGUCGACCUCAACGCCUGGGUCGAGUACGAGUUUCGGGUGUUGGCCAAAAACAGCGUUGGCGUUGGAGAACCCAGUCCUGUAUCCGUCAAGACCAGGACGGAAGAUGCGGUUCCAGAUGCGGCACCAGGUGAUGUGGGUGGAGGAGGUGGAAGCAGAUCUGAACUGGUCAUCACGUGGGAGCCUGUUCCUGAAGAACUGCAGAAUGGUGAGAGCUUUGGUUACAUCAUUGCUUUCCGCGCCUUCGGAGAGGUUAGCUGGACCCACGUGGCCACCUCCGCCCCCGGUGCAUCUCGAUACGUGUACCGCAACGACAGCAUCGCACCCUUUUCCCCGUUUCAUGUCAAGGUUGGCACUUACAACAGCAAAGGACAGGGUCCCUUCAGCCCCGUGAUCACCAUCUACUCUGCAGAGAUAGAGCCAAGUGGGAUGCCAGCGGGAGUUUGGGCCAGAAGUGUCUCAGCCUCUGAGAUUGAGGUGAAUUGGCAGGCUCUCUCCUUCACCCCUGAAAGGGUUCUGGGCUAUGAGGUUGUUUACUGGGAGGAUGACACUAAACCGGAGACCAUGGGGAAGGUUAGAGUACCUUGGAACCAAACCUCAGUCACGGUGAGCGGCUUGGCAGGAAACACGCAGUAUUUCCUAACAGUCAGCGCCUUCAACACAGCGGGAACCGGCCCGUUCCUGCCUGCAAUCAAUGUCACCACAAAAAAGCCACCGCCGUCCCAACCGCCACUGAAUGUUGAGUGGACCCUAAUUGGCUCUCACCUGUCUCUUUACUGGGAACCCGUGGUGGCAACGGAAUCCGAGUCCGAAGUUACAGGCUACCAACUGUCAUACACAAGACAGAGACACAAAGAGGUAAACACGCUCACAACAGCCAAUUGGACGGCCGAGCUGACCCUCCCCGAGGACGACGACGACUACAUCAUCCGCAUCCAGACGCUGAGUGAAGGAGGCCUGGGCCCGGCCUCGGAGCCCAUACGGAUCCACCAACUAAGUAUGAGCGCUCGCGGCUCCAGAUCCUGGAGUCUGGACGCCUCCCCCCUCUCCCUGCUCCUCGCCGUCACAAUAUCUACAUUCAGGUCAACGUUGUGACACGAUGACAGACUCUGCUCCAUUUUUCAUCAUUCAGUAUUGGUAUUUUAUUCCUUUAAUUUGUGAAAAGUGGCCAGGUUUUGACCACAUAUUAUUUUACGGUGUUAUUUUGCAAGUACGGAAGCAGCGCCAGAGUGGAGCGGUGUGCUGUCAGACUCUUAAUCAACACUAAAAGCUUGCUUUUUCAUUCUUUUUUUACAACAUAGAUCUGUUUUGACAUUUUUUUUCUGCCUGGUUGGGAACAAUGCUCCAUUUCAACUCUUCUUUUGACUCUAGAAUGAUACAGAUGCCUUACUUCCAUUCAUGUGCCAAAGUAGUUUCAGCCUUCUUGUUGUUGUUGCUCUGAUAGCUGCACGCUUUCCUCGACAUUUUAAUCCUCACAGUUUCUUAUUAUUAAGGUGUCAGCGCACCUUGCAGAGGGCCCUGAUGAAAUGUUUAAUUUUGUAUUUCAGAAUUUUCCGUUUUCCUCUUCGCAAGUAAAAUCGAGAGUAGGAACAUUUCCAUUCACCCGUGCCCGUGCCUUUGGAGAUUCUCGUAACGGCGUCGCUUAUAGACACUCGUCAGUGAUACUUAGUGUUUUGGAACAUACUGCAGCCAUUUUUUUAUCUUUACGUGCUCCAUUAAAAGUUGGUUGUGUCCCAGGUGAAAGUCAUAAAACACCUCAUAGUGUCUGUGUUGGCCGUUUGCCUUUUAUCAUUUGAUUGUGGAGAGCUGAAUGUACCAUGAAGGCUCCUAAAGGGUUUAAAUGUCUCAGACUAGUUAUUGUAAUAGGCUGCUGAUUGAUGGAUUAGACUUCACUCUGCAUUCACACAAACUACAACUGCCUGUACACAGCAGUAGCAUCAGAGGUGUGCAUCAAGCAGUGAUUUCCUUUCUCUUUCCCCCAACUGUAACGCUGAAGUAAUCCGUCAACGGAAAGUCAUCGGCAGCAAUUAUUUGGGUCAUUUGUCAAGGAACCUAUGCCAAAUAUUCACUGGCUCCAGCUUCUAAAAUGUCGGAAUUUGUUGCUUCUCUGUAUUUUCAGUUUAACCCUCUGAGUUCCAAACAUCUAUCGAGCAUUUUUUUGCUCUUAUUACACUUUGGCUCUUUUUUUUACUGCAGUAUAAAGUCCUGCAUCUCAAUGGAAACAGCACAAAUAUUAUUAGAAGUAGAGAGAACAGAAAAAUGUUUUUUGUGCAAUAUGACAGUUAUUCUGCCAUGAUCAUAAAAGACGACAAAACAAAAAAUUCUUUAAUUUGUAAUCUUACAAAAAUGUACAACAUUUUCUCAACUACUUCCUGGUGUUGACCAGUAAUUUACAACAUGGUGACUCCACAUACUACAGAUAUUUUAUUCCUUGCAUGUUUUAUUAGUUUCUUUACUUCCUGUGUAUACACAGCCUGCAGUUCAGCCCAGGUUCAGCCAAAAACUCUCUGAAUUUUUCUCACAUGGCGGUCAGUUGCAGCUGAAUCACUCAUGGCUUCUCAGAUGCGCUGAUGAGUGGAAAAUUUUUCAUGUUUUACAGAAUCCGAUUCUUCCAAAUGGUUCAUGUUUGGCUAAUUUUUAAAUUAGAAUUUAGUAUAAGGUGAUUUUUGAUGAAAUAUCUACAAUUAAAGCUUAGAUUUGGUUAAUUGGUUUCAAGAAAAGUUGAAAGAAAGUUAAGAAUCCUACAAAUCUUUUUGUGUUUACAGUUUGUGGUUCCGAUAAAUGGUGUAAUUUUGACAGUUUAAUCUUUUUUUUUUCCCAACAGUGGAUUUUGGGGUUCAGAGGGUUCAAGCCAAACACAAAAACACGUCCAUUACAAUCCAUUUGCCUCCAGUUUACUGUUCUAAAUCAAAAUAAGACUACCAGUCCUUCAGUUACUUACAUAUAAUUUCUUAUCUCCUUUUCCUGUUUUUUGAGUAUUGUCAUGAAAUACGCAGUUAUUAUGUCUUCGACUUCCUGCUGCUUGCGUUGCUAGGUAACGUGUAGCAAAGCACCAAACAGCCGAACACAGGGAGGGAUAUGUUUCACAAAUCUGAGUUUCUAACCCGGUUAUGGACCUUUUACAGUGAAACUAAAUGUUUUUCAGUCUAUAUAUGAGGCUAUAGGAGAGUUUAAUUCUAAAAUCCUACUAAUUCGAUGCCUUCUUGCAGAGUUAAAAGAGAAUACUGAUACCGCUCUCCGUCAGCGUGUUCACUGUGGAGCUGGGAGUCGAUGUGCAAAAUCAGCAGGGGGUGGGGAGAAGCUGCGAGCUCGGCUCUGUCCAAAAUUCACACUUACACCUACGAGCACCUCUGAAACUCACUUAGUAUCUUGUUUGCAUACUUCAUCAGAGGUGCUUGUCAGAUGGUAAAACCCCCACACCUGUCCAGCGCCAGUGGAAGAGGGGGCUGCUCCCGCGAGUAUCACUCCUCUGACAAUCCAACAUUCACUUCACACCCACUUCACACCGCGAUUCUCCAGGCAUGUGGAGGUGAAGCUGUUCUGCUUUUAUUUGUUACACGCGGAUUUGUGUUUAUAACUCGGCAAAACAUUACAAAUGCCUUCAUUGAAAGACGGAACAUAAGUGCCGUUAUCCCCGUACCGAGUUGCAUUUCUCCCCUUUUACCUUCUCACUUCUCAACAUGGUUGAACAUGUCGUACGGGAUGUUUUUUUUUUUUUGGCUCCAUUUUUUUUCUGGCUCCAUAGUUAAAACACAGAUGAGGGUGGUAUUGAUUCUCUUAACCCUCAUGUCGUCCUGCGGGUCAAAAUUGACGCGGGUUAAAGUUUUAAAAUGUGGAAAAAAUAUAGAUUUUUACAGUGAACCUUCUGAUGUCCACAUUUUCAACAUUUUUGGGAAAUCUCUGAACAUUUUUUGGUGGGAAAAAGAAAUUUUAAAAAUGUUUCUUAAGAACAUUCACAAAGAAAAUAUAAGUUUUACUGAUAUCUAUGUAAUAACUUCAGAUAUUUUUAGGAUUUUUUUUAAAGAUUUUUACUCAUUUUUGAAAAUAUUUACAAGAAUUUUCUUGCCAAA